CUUGUUUCCAGUCUGAUUCAGAUUGAAAACUUUCCCCUCGGCCUCUCACCCAGUUCCCGGAGGCUGGGUCUUUGCCUGAUGACUCCCCUUGCUUGCUCCCCAGCUAGGCCCCUCCUUUGCUUCCCCCAAGGUUUCUCCUCAAUUUACUCAGCUCUGUUGGGACCUGGAGGAGGAAGUCAGGGAGCCAAGAGGGAGUCACUCCCCUUGGCCCCAGGGGGCCCAGGGCCAGCAUUUUGAACCUCUGAAGUAGGAAACUGAUUUCCAUGGCAGCUCCUGUCCCUGUGCAGAGGAGCCACCUCCAGGGCCCCAUCCUCAGGCUGCGCUACAUGGUGAAGCAGCUGGAGAAUGGGGAGGUCAACAUCGAGGAGCUGAAGAAGAACCUGGAAUACACAGCUUCUCUGCUGGAGGCCGUCUACAUAGAUGAGACUCGGCAAAUCUUGGACACGGAGGAUGAGCUGCAGGAGCUGCGUUCAGACGCUGUGCCUUCCGAGGUGCGGGACUGGCUGGCCUCCACCUUCACCCAGCAAGCCCGGGCGAAAGGGCGUCGAGCGGAGGAGAAGCCCAAGUUCCGAAGCAUCGUGCAUGCGGUGCAGGCCGGGAUCUUCGUGGAGCGGAUGUUCCGGAGAACGUACACGUCUGUGGGCCCCACUCAUUCCACGGCGGUCCUCCACUGUCUCAAGAACCUGGAUCUCUGGUGCUUUGAUGUCUUCUCCUUGAACCGGGCAGCGGAUGACCACGCCCUGAGGACCAUUGUUUUUGAGCUGCUGACUCGGCACAGUCUAAUCAGUCGUUUCAAGAUUCCCACUGUGUUUCUGAUGAGUUUCCUGGAAGCCUUGGAGACGGGCUAUGGGAAGUACAAGAAUCCUUAUCACAACCAGAUCCAUGCAGCUGACGUAACCCAGACCGUCCACUGCUUCUUGCUCCGCACAGGGAUGGUGCACUGCCUGUCAGAGAUUGAGGUCUUGGCCAUCAUCUUUGCUGCCGCCAUCCAUGACUAUGAGCACACGGGCACUACCAACAGCUUCCACAUCCAGACCAAGUCAGAGUGUGCCAUCCUGUACAACGACCGCUCGGUGCUGGAGAACCACCACAUCAGCUCCGUUUUCCGAAUGAUGCAGGAUGACGAGAUGAACAUUUUCAUCAACCUCACCAGGGAUGAAUUUGUAGAGCUGCGUGCCCUGGUCAUCGAGAUGGUACUGGCCACAGACAUGUCCUGCCAUUUCCAGCAAGUGAAGUCCAUGAAGACAGCCUUGCAGCAACUGGAGAGGAUCGACAAGCCCAAGGCCCUGUCUCUACUGCUCCACGCUGCGGACAUCAGCCACCCAACUAAGCAGUGGGCAGUGCACAGCCGCUGGACCAAGGCUCUCAUGGAGGAGUUCUUCCGCCAGGGUGACAAGGAGGCAGAGCUGGGCCUGCCCUUUUCUCCGCUCUGUGAUCGUACUUCCACUCUGGUGGCACAGUCCCAGAUUGGUUUUAUUGACUUCAUUGUGGAGCCCACGUUCUCCGUGCUCACGGACGUGGCGGAGAAGAGCGUGCAGCCGCUGGCCGACGAGGACUCCAAGGCUAAGAACCAGCCCAGCUUCCAGUGGCGCCAGCCUUCUCUGGACGUGGACGUGGGAGACCCCAACCCUGAUGUGGUCAGCUUCCGUGCCACUUGGACCAAGUACAUUCAGGAGAACAAGCAGAAAUGGAAGGAACGAGCAGCAAGUGGCAUCACCAACCAGAUGUCCAUCGACGGGCUGUCCCCGUGUAAGGAGGAGGAGGCCCCCUCCUCCCCUGCCGAGGAACAGCACAACCAGAAUGGGAAUCUGGACUAGCCCCAGGGGUGGCCCGGUCCUCAUUGAGUCUCAAGUCUUCGAUGUCAUCGGCACCAUCCAUCGGGACUGGCUCCCCGAUCUGCUCUAAGGGAGCCCAGAGGUUGUGGACCAGACAGCCCACCGGGAGGCAAAAUGCCAGAGACUGUGGGGUCGGGGGAAGGGCCCCUUCCCACCCGAAACCCACUGGGGCACACUUUAAUCUCCCGGCAGCAAGACCGGGCAACGUCAGAGUCCCAGUGGUCACUGUGCCCACCCCCCUGCCUCUGGACACCUCCCGUGGUCACUUGUCUGGCUGGGAGUGGGGAGCUUCCUGGAGGUUUCCCAGGGCUUGGUGGGGAGGGUCAGAGAUGCCAGCCCCCCGGCCCUCCCCCAUCCUUCUUUUUGCCUCCAAGUUUCUAAGCAAUACAUUUUGGGGGUCCCCACAGCCCCCACCCCAGAUCUAAGCUGGCAGGUCUGGGUCUUCCCCCCUGAGAGAGGCUGGCUUGGGAUAGAAAGCUGGGGUUUCUCAGAGCCCUUAGAGGUGUGGGGAGGGAAGUGGACUCCUUCAGGGCAUGGGACCUUUUUUGUGCCCGGGAAUGGGGGCAUCUUCUUUCCCCCAGACCUGAACUGCUUCAGUCCCACCCCCAGACCAACUCCUCAUCUCCCCUUCCCUCAUCCUGACAUGGACACCAGGAAAGAGAGGAGCUAGUGGGACCAGGGGCUGAGGGGUGCCCUGGUCUGGGAUCUCUGAGAGCUUGGGACUGGGUCACCUGCCCUAGUGGGGUCCUGAAGGCCCUUGCCUCCUCCCUCUCCCUACAAGGUGGGGGGUGGGGGUGGGGCGGGGCGAAGGAAGCUCCCAUCCGACCAAUGUCUGUAAAGUGUGUCCAGGUCUUCCCUGAAAAGCACCUUGGGAUGCAUCUUGCGAGCACAGGCAGGAGACUAGCUGGGUGGGAGUCAAGGAUGCAGUGGGGAGGGUGGGGCAUAAGCCACUGAUCCUGUGUUGCUAACAGAGAGAGCACCUCAUCUCCCUCAGCCUUUGAAUCUGCCCAGCUGUAGACACCAAGGGCCCCUUCCCUGGGGCAAAUGGAGAGUGGCCAGGUGGAAGGCUGAUGUGGGAGGGGCUCAGGGCUGCGGCCCGCCAGACCCUCUGAAUGGAGCCCAGCAAGGCCCAGUGCCCCUUCCUCUCCUCAGGCUCCUCCCGCCCCCACCUCGCCCCAGGAAAGGCCAACGUUCAGGUGACUGCCCCUCCUCGCUUGUAAAUAUCAACCAUGCAUUUGUACAGUGGGCCCUGUUUGCGUGAAGUUCAUAUCCAUGGUCCCUGACACCUGUCCCUCCCACCCCACCCCUAGUGGGGCAGAGACGCAUGCGACUCAUCCCCUACCCUUGGUCUCCCUGGCCCCUGCUAUAGCCAGAGAUCAAUAAAGAAGGGAGACCAGGC